CUGCAUAUAAUUUUUUGUGUUUUAGGGUAUCAAUUCUUCAUGUGCCAAGGCAUCCUAGUGCUUUCUAAGUACAACAGCUGGUCUUUUUUCAUAAAAAGACAGUAUCGACUACAAUUCCAUUGGAUGUUUCAAGCAUUGGCUUUGAUCUUCAUAAUUACUGGGACCAUAAUAAUGAUUAUAGAAAUGAAUCAAAACUUUAAUACAGCUCAUGGUAUAUUAGCACUUUGCGCACUCAUUCUGAGUACAUUGAGUGUGCUUAAUGGAUUCGUAGUACAGAAUGCUAAAAAAUUAAGUACUUCAGUGAACACUAUAAUAUUUAUUAAAAUCACACACUACCUUACUGGCAUCGCGACUUUGUUUUGUGCCGCUGCAAGCUUGUGCUAUGGCUUUGACAAACGCUCGUUUAGAGUUUGGAUCGGAAACGACGCUGCUAUUCAUGCUCUAAUGGCAAUCACAUGGGUGUUUACUAUUUCGGUGUCUUUGAACUUUUGGAUUACUUCUAUGUCUAGAUUACAACAUUUACUUUAA